GAAGAUAGAGAAAAAGAAAAAAAUUAUUUGAGCGAUAUGAUAUGAAAUUAUGAAAAGAUUUACAUUUGAAUUGCACAUACGAUGGGGCAUGGGAUCAAUUUCCAAUCCAAAGAAGACGCGAAUCAAUCGGGCACAUUGAGAACGAGCAGUCAACAGAAACCACGCGUGGUUCUGUUUUUUAUAUAGUUUUGUUAAUGAAAUCGAAUUCAAUUUGUUUGCAAAUUGGCAGUGGCGAGAAAGAAGCGGGCUGCUCUCUCCUCCUUUCGCUCCCCAUUCCUUCUUCUUCUUCUUCUUCUUCUUCUUCUUCUUCUUCUUCUUCCACACCACCGCCGCGAUCCCUCACUCUCUCUCUUUCUUCAAGUAGCUAUUAGCAUAUCGAGGAGGAGUCAUACGAUGGCAGAAGAGGACAUUUAUACAAAAGAUGGUACUGUUGACAUCCAUAAGAAUCCUGCUAAUAAGAACAAGACUGGAAAUUGGAAGGCUUGCCGCUUUAUUCUUGGAAAUGAGUGCUGUGAGAGAUUGGCAUACUAUGGGAUGAGUACCAAUCUGGUGAACUAUCUUCAAAUACGUCUCAACAUGGGAAAUGUAGCUGCGUCCAAUAGCGUUACGACCUGGUCGGGAACCUGCUACCUUACGCCAUUGAUAGGAGCCUUCUUGGCUGAUGCUUACAUGGGAAGAUAUUGGACGAUUGCUAGUUUCUCGAUCUUAUAUGUCUUUGGCAUGGCACUGUUGACAAUGGCUGCUUCAGUCCCUGGAUUGAAGCCAUCAUGUGACGGUUCUGAUUGCCAUCCAACUGGAGGUCAAACUGCUGCCACCUUCAUAGCACUUUACUUGAUCGCCCUCGGGACAGGGGGAAUCAAGCCCUGUGUUUCGUCUUUCGGGGCUGACCAAUUCGACGAUAACGACGAAGCUGAAAGGAAGAAAAAGAGCUCCUUCUUCAAUUGGUUUUACUUUUCAAUCAACGUAGGUGCAUUGAUUGCCUCCUCAGUUCUGGUGUGGAUACAAAUGAAUGUAGGCUGGGGGUGGGGCUUCGGAGUUCCUGCUGUAGCCAUGGCCAUCGCUGUAGUGUUUUUCUUCUCCGGUAGCUCGUUGUAUCGUCUGCAAAAGCCUGCAGGAAGCCCCAUCACCAGAAUUUUGCAAGUUAUUGUCGCAUCCAUUCGGAAACAACAAAUACACAUUCCAGAAGACAAGUCUCUCCUCUACGAGACUUCUGAUGAUGUCGAGUCCAAAAUUGAAGGAAGUCGCAAGCUCGAGCACACAAACAAACUAAAAUUCCUAGAUAAGGCUGCUGUAGAGUCUCAAACUGAUUGGAUCAAGGGCCAACCAAGCGCAUGGAGACUUUGUACAGUGACUCAAGUUGAAGAGCUGAAGAGUGUUAUCGGUUUGUUGCCUGUGUGGGCCUGUGGAAUAGUCUUUUCAGCAGUCUAUAGCCAAAUGAGCACCAUGUUUGUUCUACAGGGCAAUACAAUGGACCAGCACAUUGGGCCACAUUUUAAAAUUCCUUCGGCCUCCCUUUCCAUCUUCGAUACCCUUAGCGUUCUCUUCUGGGCUCCCGUGUACGAUCGAGUCAUCGUCCCAGUUGCAAGAAAGUUCACUGGCAAUGAGCGUGGUUUCACACAGCUACAACGGAUGGGAAUAGGCCUCGUCAUCUCUGUUUUCUCCAUGAUUGCAGCGGGUAUCUUGGAAGUUGUUAGACUCGACUACGUGAGGAAGAACAACCUCUACGAAGUCGAGACCAUUCCCAUGUCGAUAUUCUGGCAAGUUCCACCGUAUUUCCUCAUUGGAUGCGCAGAAGUUUUCACAUUCAUCGGACAGUUGGAGUUUUUCUACGACCAAGCACCCGACGCAAUGAGAAGCAUGAUGGCUGCCCUGUCGCUCACAACUGUCGGAUUGGGAAACUACUUGAGCACAUUGCUCGUUACGAUCGUGACAGAAGUGACGACGAGACAUGGGAAACUCGGGUGGAUUCCCGAUAACUUAAACAAGGGACAUCUCGACUAUUUCUUCUGGGUGUUGGCCAUUCUCAGCGUGCUUAAUUUCUUUGCUUAUCUCUUAGUGGCUAAGUUCUAUACUUACAAAAAGGUAACAGGUCAUUUGCGCUGAAAAUUACAUUCUCAGUUCCUAAUUGUAGCUUUUAAUUACAUUAAAGUGUUCAGUUUUCGAGUAUGUUAAAGAGACAGAGCUGGUUAGAUUUUGUGUUUCAACUGUUGGGUUGGGUUGUGUUUCUUUUCCUCACAAAUUAUAUUGUUGAAAUAGUCAAAAAGUGUGGAUGGAUUUACAAAAGUUUGACAAAACCAAUUGUUGGUGAUUUGACUUUGAGUAUAAUUUGUUGGUGAUAUUGGCUU